GAAAACCACCAACGAAGAAGUCGGGCAGUCAGAAGCUCAGCAGCAGAAACUCGCACACCAUGGGUUACUAAAGAAGUGAUAAACAUGGAUAAAAAGAAGAAACCCUUCGAUGUGACGGCUUCAUCCCUGGUGGACCUUAAAGCUGAACUGUACAGGAAGCAGGAACAAUUCAAACAGGACAAACUUGGGCAUGAAAACACUGGUGCUGGGGUCACAUCAAGAUCCAAAAUCAAGAAACCUAAUGUAUGGACCAAACAAAACACUGGAGUAUCAGCAAGAGCUGAGAAAGAUGCGGAGCAGCUGGCUGAGGAGCAGAGCAGUCUGGAUACCUCAAAACGCAAGUUAGAGGAGAAGGCCAAACUCUACGACCAAAUGACAAAAGGAGACUUUCCAGAUGAAGAGACAGAAGGACUGUUCCUGGUGGAUUUCACCCAGAAGAUUAUUGACAAAAAGAGAGAAACGCUUGCACAGAAAACUGAAAGAGAGGAUGAGGAAAGAGGAAAUUUGUCUGCUGUCCCUCCUCCUCAAAACCCAGAUGAGGAAUGGGUGGAUUAUGUGGAUGCCCUUGGCCGAUCUCGGAGAUGCAUGAAGAAAGACCUGCCUGGGUUUGAGAAAAUUGACCAUAAGCUUUACGGAAAAGGAAAAGCCUCUGCUGACAAGACCUUACUCUCGGAAGACAUGCGUCGAGAGCUGCAGAGGCAGGAGUGGGAGAUGGAGGAAGAGGAGGCCAUGAAGAGACCUGUCGGACCGAUCCACUAUGAGGAUAUCAGGGGACAAGAGGCUCGGGAUCUCGGUGUGGGUUACUUUGCGUUCGCUCAGGAUGUAGAGCAGCGCAGAAAGCAGAGAGACACUCUGGACAUGCUCAGGGACCAGACAACUGAGCAGCGCACUAAGAGGGAACAGCUGAAGGACAAGAGGCAGGCCAUCCUGAAGGCUCGAUUGGCCAAAGUGAGGAGUAGGAAGACGAAGAAGGCCAAGCUGGAUGGCACUGAGGACGAGCAGAGAGACGAGGACAAUGAAGGAGGGGACGACGAAGGGGACUUGAUAGGACCCCCUGUACCAGAGGUCAGCACAGUGAGGAAGGUGGAAGUUGAGAUCCAGGAAAGAAAAGACACCAAACCAGGAGUUCCUCAUGUCAGGGAAUGGGACAGAGGCAAAGAGUCCAUGUUUAAUGAAUGGACAUCUCGGCGUCGCGAAGAGCGAGAGUCAGAAUUCGCCCCUCCCACUGCGUACUUUUCUGAGUGGAAGAGAGAGAGAUCAGGGAAGAUUAAAACUCAGGAGAGUAAACCCAAGAUGCCUUUCAAGUGGCGCAAAGGCCCAGAAGACAUCUCUGAGAGCAAAGAGGAACCACUUUCUCAGCCAAAGACUGCCCCCUCAGCUCCUGUACCUCAACAAACUCCUCCACCUCCUCCACAAACACAGACUACAUCACAGUCUACACUUUCAGACCUCCCAGCAAACACUGCUUCAGUGUCAGCUGCUCCCUUUAAUCCCCAGUUCCCCACUCAUUCAUUUUAUCCUCAGUUUCCUGGUCCAGCUCCUCCACAGUUUGCUGGAUCACCUCAAAUGUAUCCCCCACAGUACCCUUACCAGUAUCAAAGCCAAUAUCCUCCCCAAUAUCCUCCCCAGUUUCCUUCCCAGGUUCCUCCUCAGAUUCCUCCUCUGUUUCCUCCUGGGUGUCCUCCGCAGGUUCCUCCUCUAUGUCCUCCUGGGUGUUCUCCACAGGUUCCUCCUCUGUGUCCUCCUGGGUGUCCUCCACAGGUUCCUCCUCUGUGUCCUCCUGGGUGUCCUCCACAGGUUCCUCCUCUGUGUCCUCCUGGGUGUCCUCCGCAGGUUCCUCCUCAGCCUGAACAGAGUGUGGAUGAAAUGCUGUCCUUCUACAGGAGCAUUACCUGAUAUCUUAAUCAUUCCACUAGCUGGGCAGUUCAUAUUUAGAGUGUAAAUACUAACUGCUGUUGAAUUUGUAGAAACAACAAAACACAAUGGCUCAGUUUCCGCAAUGUAAUAAACACAAGGAAUUGAACUGGA